CCCACGUCGUAAUUCUAAAGCUUCCAUCGUCAAUAUUUCUAUCCUAUUAAGUCCGAUGUAUAGCAAUUAUUUAUAAACUUGCUUUGAAACAAUCUCAAUGUUGCAUGGAAAUAUUUUCAAAUAAUCAUUUCGGAUUUACUAAAGGAGACUUUGCAUGUAAUAAUUCUUAUUUUCGUUCGAUUAAACUAAAAUAAUCCUGGUCCUCAGUGCUCUGAAAAAUGAUUUUUUUAGUUUGUGCAAUUUAAUACUCUAUCGAUACACAGAAAUAAUCUGAAAAAAAAUUUAUUGACUUUCACCAAAAAUCAAAGAAGAUGUUGACCGAAUCAUCCCCACUGGCCCCUUCAAGUCCAAGUUUUGGAGCUGCAACUGGGAUUCCGUUUUAUGCUAAAGAUACACAUAAAUUUUAUUCUCGAAGACGAAAAGAAAGGCAGUUACAAUGUAUUAUGUUUUUUACCAUUUUAGCAACAUUUAUUAUGGCGCUUGUCAUAACAAUCAGUUAUACUAUUUAUAAUCCUUUACGUUCUGUAAAUGACAUUGAUUCAAAUAAAGAUGACAUGGUAACUAAUAGCACUCCAGUUAAUAACAUUCUUCCAUCAAGUGUUGCAGAAGAUUCUAUUUCUAACGAAGUAGAAACGAUGCACGUGCCUCAAAAUGUAUUACUUUCAAAAAAAGAUUCACCACAGCUGACAUCGAAAACAGCUCAAACUUUUAUCAAUAAUAAUUUGGAUGAAAAUGAACUACAAAAAGCUAUAAUCGCUGGAAAAGAGGCUAUCCGUGCGCGACAGCUUGCCGAUGCUCAAAGUGAUACUUUACCUCCGCAUUCUCCUAGUUUUCUACAUCAAUAUGCCGUUAAUACUAAUGAAUUGUCUGAUGAGAUAGCCAUGGUUGGCAUAGCUGAAAUUGCGGCAACAAAAGAAAUUGAAAAUGAGCGUAAUUCUUCUGGCAAACCAUCGAGUUUCGGAAAUUUCAUAAAAAACGAAUGGAUUUCAGAUAAUAUUUGUAUGAAUGAAAUUUCAAGAUGUGAAAAUUUAAAUGGUGAAUACCGAACGAUUGAUGGGUCUUGUAAUAAUCCUGAAAACUUAGGAAUGGCUUUUACACCUUUUUCGAGAUUAUUACAGCCUGAUUAUAGCAAUGGUAUAGAUUCUCCAAGGACCAGUAAGUCGGGUAGCAAACUACCUAGUGCAAGAAAAAUAAGUUACAUGGUAAAUGAAGUAUAUAUCUCUGAAUAAUUUCAUUUUAAAAUAUAGAUUUGAUGAAUUACAAAAAAUAGUUUUAAAAAAUCCUAAAAUAAUCAAUCUUACUUGAGAGAAUCUAUUGUUUACAGCUUUUAAUAGCUAAAAUUCUAAAAUUUAGUAUUAAAGAUGGAAAAAUUAUUAGUGUCACGUCGGGAGACGGGACUUUUGUAACCUCACGGUUACUGUGGUCUUGUAUAAAAAUUUUUUAGUGCCAAGACGAGACGUCUUAUAGCACAGGGUAUAUUUCCGUGUGUUUAUGUGGUUUUAAAAUAUCGUGAUUGUUCGAAGGGAGAAAGGGUCACUUUCCUCAAGGCGAAAUGGUUACCCAUUGAUCGCCUCGGGGCAGUGAUGUCAUUAGGAGUUAUAUUGUUUUAUGAAAUUAAAUUAUUUAGAAAAGGGGAAAAAAUACAAAUAAAGUUAGAACAAGCAUUUUUAAAUAGAUAAGGAUAUAUUAGAAUUUAUGACUUACAUUGUUGAGGUGUAGACGGCUGGAGGCGUCGUGGCACAGAGGCAGAGACACAGAGGACACUAAGAAAAGAGAGAGAGACCCGCACUGGUCGGAGUCGCGAACGAGAGUGAUUGAAAAUUUUUUUGAUAGAGAGAAUCAGUUACAGAUCUUCGACGUGUAGCUUUUUGUUUGUAACGGCUUCGGCGGCUAAAAAUUAUGGGAACUCCGUUUCUGUGAGACUUGCGUCUUUGUCUCUGCCUUUGUGACGCGAGCAGCCUGCAGCUCGUCUAUCGACACAUACGUUGUUACUCGAACUCUGAUCUUCUAGAUCGUUCGAUUUAAUUUCUAAUGUAUUUUUAUUUCUAUUUAUUAGCAAAAAAAAGGUUGAUGUUCAUAAUAAAUAAUAAAUAAUAAAUAUUAACUAAAAAAAAAAUAUUGUUGUAAUACAUAAGGAAUAAUUUUCGAUCGCCAGCGAGCCAUCUCAUCUUUACUGCGUUUCUGACGAAUUGAACGUAGGGAAAAGGAUCUGGGUUUUUGAUUAUAUAUAUAAAUUAAUUAUUUAUAAGGGUGUGAUUAUUGCGGUUACUUAUACGUAAACAAUAAUGUAGAAAAUGUUGUUCAUAGUAAAAACAGAAUCAAUGCCCGUGAGAACAUUGAUUCUUCGACGGUUGCACUGGGGCCAUGUGGUUUGUUUACAAAUUUGACAGGUCCGGGAUUCAAAAAUAUAUUUCCCGGCCAACUUCGGCAGAGAUAGGGCUGCCUAUUUUCCGGGGCUCUUGGUUUUUGAUUAUGUUAAAUAUAUCACGUUUUUAGAGGUGAUAUCACACCCCCAUUGUUAAACGGUGAGUAGGUGAUGAUGAAAAGAAACUACGAGCCGUAGCUCUGGGUUAUUGUAAAACAUUAAUGAACUUGGUAUUCUUAGUUGUUGAUAUUUAAUAGUGAUUUCGUUAUACGUAUAUGAAAGAAUUGUAACGCAUUCGCAUAAAUAUUUGUAGAAGAAUGUGAAAGUUUUUUGGUUUAUAAGUUGAUUUUCUCUUGAAGGAUGGGAAUAUACGUCAUCGAUUUAGUAUUGAGGGAUGGCUCACUGGCAAUUUACAUUUCUUUUCGUAGAUACAGAUAAAUUUGAUUUACCUCCUAGUACAAAUAGUAUUGGAUUGUGGUUUCAUUAAGUUUCAUUAAUUAAAAUUAAAUAAAAAUAAUCUAUGAGUUAAUAUCUUAAAAUAUAGUGAUACUUAGGCAAGUUAUGUGUUACAAACAAAAUUAUGGAAUUAUACAAUAAAAAUACAAACGGUUGAACAAAUGUAAAGUAUAAAUUUCACACACAAAAUAAUAUAUCAAAUAAAUUAUAA